GAUGGCUCUAGGGAAAGGAGACGGCCUUAGAGGCUCCCAAACUGGACGGGGAGGGGGUUGGCCGGAGAAAGCUGCGUGGAAGAGCGACAGUGCCCAGGCCUCCCCAGGACGUGUGAAUCUUUCAGCGGCGCCUCUUCCUAGGAGCGACAGGGAGAAACCGCGCCAGCAACCAGGAGAGCGAGGCGCGUCUUUGGAGUGGAGGACCGGGCCACCAAGCCGCUCUCUGUUCCUGCCGGGGUCGGCGAUGCGCUCGGGGUGGGUCCGGCAGCCUUUCCGAGGAGGAGGAGGAGGAGGCAAGCGAGGCGCGGGCGCUCCGGCAGAAAAGACAAAGGCUUCUUCUGAGUGGAGAGGCCGCUCCUGAGGCGGGGACUGCAGCCGUCGAGGGGCGGGCCGGGGGCGGGCGCUGGAGCCGCAGCGGGCAGGCAGAGCAACGGCGUCGGCGGCAGGAGAAGGUGGAGGGAGCCGUUCUUCGGUGCGCACCGGUAUGGAGGCAGGGGCGAGAAGGAGGGCGGCGGCGGCGACGCUGGCGGGGCGGUGACCGGGGCCGUCGGGCGGCGGCGAUGCGCCCGCCCCGGCCAUGGAGGAGCGCUGGCACCGGGGGCUGGCGGCGCUGGUGAUGCUGCUGCUCUUCGGGGGGCUGGUGCUGCAGUACGUGUGCCCGGGUAGCGAGUGCCAGCUGCGGCAGCGCCUGGCCGAGGCCGCCCCGUCCGCCCUGCUGGCGCGCCAGGCCGGCCAGGGAGGGGACCCUUACCGGGCGGAGGACGAGAGCCCUCCGCGCUUCGUGCCGCGCCUGAACUUCUCGGAAGCCGACCUGCUGCGCCGCGUGGACUUCCAGAUCGCUGGCGACGAUCUGAUCGUUUUCCUGCACAUCCAGAAGACAGGCGGCACCACCUUCGGGCGCCACCUGGUGCGCAACAUCCAGCUGGAGCAACCUUGCGAGUGCAAGGCCGGGCAGAAAAAGUGCACCUGCCUCCGGCCGGGCAAGCGAGAGACCUGGCUCUUCUCCCGCUUCUCCACUGGCUGGAGCUGCGGGCUCCACGCCGACUGGACCGAGCUGACCAACUGCGUCCCGGCCGUGGUGGACAGCAAAAAGGACGCCAAGCUGCGCCCCACCAGAAACUUCUACUACAUCACGAUCCUCCGGGACCCGGUGUCUCGGUACUUGAGCGAAUGGAGGCAUGUCCAAAGAGGAGCAACCUGGAAAGCAUCAUUGCAUGUCUGUGACGGGAGAUCACCAACUUCCGAAGAGCUGCCCAGCUGUUACUCGGGGGAUGACUGGUCUGGCUGCUCCUUGCAGGAGUUCAUGGACUGCCCGUACAAUCUCGCCAACAACCGCCAGGUCCGCAUGCUGGCAGACCUCAGCCUGGUGGGAUGCUACAAUUUGUCUGUCAUGCCAGAAGAGCAGCGGAACAAGGUUCUUCUGGACAGUGCCAAGGAGAACCUGAAGCGGAUGGCUUUCUUUGGCCUGACGGAGUUUCAGAGGAAGACUCAGUACCUCUUUGAGAAGACAUUUAACAUGGUCUUCAUCUCCCCGUUCACACAGUACAAUAGCACACGAGCCUCCAGUGUGGACAUUGACGAAGAGACCCAGAAGCACAUCGAGGCUCUCAAUUUUUUAGACAUGGAGCUGUAUGAAUAUGCAAAAGAUCUUUUCCUGCAACGUUAUCAGUAUAUGAGGCAGAAGGAGCACCAGGAGGCGAGGCGGAAGCGCCAGGAGCAACGGAAGAUCUGGAGAGCUAAGCAGAUCCACAGCAAGGAGCAGAGCAGCACAAAUGCAACAACUGACUACAUCGGGAGUGUGGAGCAGUGGCGAUAAUAACAGGGGGCGAGGUGUGUUUUUAGGGAGAUCCAGAUUUGAAAAGCCAGGGCAGGGUUGCAAAAUAGAGAGGAAGGAUGAAGCAGCCAAGCAAAUUUGUGCUCCUUUGAGGGCACAAGGAUACAAGGCUUCUGGCUUGUGGCCUUUGCCAAUGCUUUGUGCAUUAAAUGUCGUGCCCAGUGUGGGUUAACCUCACCUCUGUGUGUCUCAGAUCUGUCCCUUUCUAAAAACAACAAACCAUGCUGGCCUGUUUAAGCAGCAAUUUUUUGGAAAUGAUUGCUUGGGCAAAACCAAACAUAAAAACUGAUUGACAUGGUUAAAGCUGAAAAAGUUGGGGAACUUUUUAUUUUAUUUUUUUUGAGGUGGGGAAAGUAUGCUUUUGAUGGGCAGGGCAUGAGCUAUGGGUUGCCCAUCCACCCAUUUUGUCUUGCAAUGCUGGGGAUUCUGUGGCCUUACAGAUAGUCAAGACUACAAUUCCCAACAUCCUUGACCCAUUGGGCCGUGAAAGCUGGUGGGAGUUGGAGUGCAAAGAGACAUAGAGGGUGGCAGAUGUUCCCUGAUCUGUAGCCUUCUGGGGAAAUAUCCAACACUGUUCUUUUCAGGCCAACUCAGCCCCUUAUCUCCAGGAUGAAAGCUUUUUCAGCUUGGCAUUAGCCAUCAGAGUGACGGUCUGUUCCGUUUGGUAGCAGAAGUUUUAAUAAGGACUGUGGUGGCCAUAGUGAGCCCCACUGAAUACUGUCGUUUGGGGGCCACAUUUCUGCUCCACGUCAUAAGAUCUCAUCAUAUGAGGUUGGACAGAAGAAUAUUGAGGUCCUUUCCAACUCUACAGUUCUACGAUUCUUUGUUAUACAAGGUCUGUGGAGCCUGCCUCCAAAGGUAGUUUGGGAUGUUUGGGGCAAAUAAAACACCCAUUUCCCAGAGUUUGGGAGUUCAAGGCAUGAUAGUCAUGAUUGUGCUUUGCUAGGUGGCUUCCACAUGGGAAACACACAACCAGAAUAAAGCAUCCCAUUGGAAUAUCUCUCACCCCCCCCCCGUUAUUUUAUUUCAUGAAUGUAUUUUCAUAGGCCAACUGCUUUUAGCACAUACCAAAUAUGAAUUCUGAUUAACGGGGUGUCUGAAGAAGAAAAUACAUUGGCUUUUUAACAAAGAAUAGAAGGGUUUUGUCUAUAAUUAUUUAUAACUCAUUUUUAAAAAUCUUCCUACUGCUGUUAAUGAAUUUUAAGCUUGUUUCAUUUCAUGUUCAAUUGGAGUUGAGAAUAUUCUCUCAAUGAUCUGGAGGACAUUUAGACUAGCUUAAUACAACAACAGAAAAAUACUGUUACAGAAUUACUUUGUGCAAUUGAAUUGGAAUCCAUUUUGAAGAUGUUGGGAUGGGGAGAGAGGCAACUCUUGUUUUCCUGUCCAGUUUCAACAACUCUCCUUGGAUUUGAUCAUUUUGUAUAUUGCUGCCCAGAACGUUUUCGAUCGAAGCUGUAUUUUUUAAAAGGAUUUAUUAGGGAGGGGAUAUGGCUGGACUGGUGGUUUGCUUUUGAUCCGCUCUUUCUAGUAUGAUGCAGAAUUUGAGCUCUCAUUUUUGUAAUAUUUGUGAGCCCAUCAAGGAGUCCUAGGGGGUCUCCCAUCCAGACACCUGCUAGACCCAGACCUGCUUAGCUCCAGCCUCGGGUGCCUUCAGACUGUGACUUAGGGCCUCAUGGUCCUUCUGAGGCGCAUAGAGUUGAGAAAGGGAGAGAGGGCUGAGCCACAGACUUUGAAAUAGCCAUAUUUCUUACAUUUGGUGCCAGCUCAAUACCAGAAUUACUCUUCUGCCGCCACUUGAAAUGCUUGCCCUGUUCUAACAAGGGAAAGUCACGUGCAGAAGACAGCCUGAGUAUGGAUCUUCUUUGCUGAUUUGCGAACAAGUGCUUGCAGGUACCUGAAACAGGUAAUAAGCAUAUGAAAUUGCCUUAUACUGAGUCUGAUUAUUCGUUCAUCUAGCCCAGAGUUUUCUGCUCUGAUGGAUUGUGGCUCCCCACAGAAUCUGGCUGGCCACUAUGUCAACAGGAUGCUAGACUAAAAGUGUCGUUUGUCUGAUCUAGCAGGGCUUUUCUCGUGUUCUGUUGGGGUCUUUCCCAGCCCUACUGCUUGAGAUAGGCGGUGGUUUUUAAUGGUGAUGGAACCUAUUGCCUUUCGCUCUUCCUCUGUGUGGAGAAGGGCUGUAUCUCAGUGGUGGAGCACAUUCUCUACAUGCCAAAGACCUUUGAACAUACGGAGGUCAAAGGGAUUAAUCUUUGAUGCUGUGAAGAAAACUGCCCUUCAUGCCGGAGACUAGGCAGUUUUCGGACAUGGUGAGUGACUUGGAGCAAAGGACCUCCAUCGUGCCCAAACACCACAGAAUAGUCCUGUGAGUUAGUCCUCAGGGCAUUAGGUCAGCUAAACCUCCCCUUUUUAAAUUACUUUUGAGACUGUGAUGAAUUACGACUGAAGGGAUCUGUGUGCCCCCUGAAACUUUCACAGUGAAUGCAAACCGACUGCUAUCAUAAGAAGAGGCAAUUAUUAACGAUUAACAGAAUGGAAACGAAACAAAAAGCAUGUUUUAAUUGUCUGCAACGAAGAAAGAUUAUAAAUAGAUAGGGGUGCUCUGCUUGUUAAGAAUUUUGAUUUUACAUUGUUUUUAACUCUCCAUCCCUUUUGAGGAAGUGCUAGCCACAAAAGUGAAACUAAGCUCUCCAACUGUGUGUAAGAAUGUACUUACUUAAGGAGACAGACGCAAUUUUUUAAGGCAGUCUGUUAAGGUGGAGAGUGAGUUCUUAAUUAGACCAAUGGCACUCAGUAUGGAGAAAAUACUGUUGAACACCCCAUUGACUGUUGGUAUCAUGCAGCAAUUAUUGGAUGAGCAAUCAAAAGAGCUCAGAACUGAGAUAAAUAAAAUGGUGAAUGAAAAUGUUUCAGAGAAAGGUCAGAUUAAAGGAGACAUGGAACUUUUGGGAAAUAAUACUUAGAAAAAUCUGCCAGAACAUGAAAGUGGAAUGGUGAAGUGGGAAGCAGCAGAUGAUGAAAUGGGCCUUCAAACAGGUGCCUGGAGGAGUGAAACAGUCAAGCAAUGGAGUUGUGAUUCUGGACGACUGGAAUGAAACCAUUGGCGGAGAGAUUAAGAAACAUUCUGAGAUGGCACAGAUAAGAGUCUACAAUUUGAAAUGAAUUCAAAGGGGGAAACUAUCAAGCUUCUGGUGAUGCACUUGGAAAAAGAAUGGAAGAAGUGGAAAUGUUUUACAUUAGUAGGAUGCCUCGAAAUGAAAGAAGUUCUUCUUUUUCUCCUGCUAAACUAGGAUGGAAAAUUAAUGAAUUAAUGAAUAUUCAUGAAAUUAAUAUUAAUGAAUAUACAAAAGAAAUUAAUAUUAAUGAAUAUACAAUAAAUAACUAUGGAUUGAUAUUUUAGUAUACGAUCACAACAGAGAGAUUCCUUUAUGAAUAGAGAUUAACGAUUUAUUGUUUUUUAACUGUGGAAGGGUUGCUGGAAUUCCUUGGAGAUAAAUUCAUCAUACCGGAUUGAAGUCUUGAUUUUCAAUGAUGAUAACAAUGGGAGAGCCCCCUUUAGACUUUGUGUGGAAGGGGAAAUGAUUGAACUUGAGGUCUGGGGUUGAAGAUUGGGAAAACACCAUCUAACAGAACAAGGAGCAGCUGGAUAUUAUCAUGGAAUACAGCUAGAUACCAUCCUGAACACUCAGAAUAUUAAACAAUAUUUAUAUAUAUAAUUGACAGGCAAAGAAUAAGAAGUUUUCUUUAUUUCUUUUCUCUCUUUUCAUCUUUUUAUUAUCUUUAUCUUCCUCUCUUCUUUUUCUUUUAUCUAAUUUGUUUUUCUUUAUGUUUUGUUCUGUCCUUUGAUGUCCUCUACUCUGGGUUAAUGAGGGUGAUGGCUGACUGGUGGAGGACCUGCGUGAGAGGCAGGGAAGGGAAGAUCUCUCAGAGGGAGAAAAGGAAGCUCCCAGGUGAAAGCUAGGAGGGUCUGCCCCCUUUUGUUUGAGCCGAGGGUUAGGAGGAUCUACUUUUGUAUUCUCCCCCUCCCCUUUCUCUUUUCCUUUCCUUUUUUCUUUCGUCGUUGUUUUUAUUUGGAUUUGGGUUUUUCCUUUAUUGUAUUGUAAGAUGAAAAGUUUUAAUUAAAAAUAUAUAUGCAAAAAAGAAAUUCCAGGGAAGUUGCUGCCAUUCAUUGUGGACAAUACUGCCCUCUGACUCAGAAUAAGGCAACUUUCUAUGUGCCACUGAGCUCGCCUGCCUCUUCCGCCCCACUUCCAAAUUAGAUACUAAUGUGUUACAACUAGGUCUGGGAUCCCUGAGUUGGAGGAUGAUCAGGUUUGUUUAACGUGACAAGUCUGCAUGUUCCUGCACCUACAAAACUUGGGACCGUUGUCAGAUACGCUUCUGCCUACCACUUAAAUGUGAAGUUUCUCCUAGUGAGCAAUGUUUUCCAAGGGACUAUAGAUGACUGUAGGUCUCUAAGCCAGCCACCUUUUGCAUCUUGUAAGACAUUUGCAUCUUAAGAGUGGGCCACUGAUUGCGUUUAAAAACGGCCACCAUAAGUUUCCCAAAUGUCUACCAGCACCCAACUAACUCUGGUUGACUGGGGCUGGUGAGAGUUGUCAGCCAAAACCUCUGGACCGCACAAGGUUGGCAAAGGCUGUGCUAGAACUUUAGGGUCGUUAAGAGAAUAUACAAUUUAGUUGCAUUUUCUCUGUUGCUGGGAGACCAGCUGGGAGGCAAGGAACUGGACAAUUUAACAUGCUUGGACAAGGCAAAUCUCUAUGCAAAAAUCUUGUGAAUAUGAUGGUGAUAAAAGAACAGGCUCUUCUACUUGAUAGUCUAAUGAGAACUGAUGUUAAUUUUGGUCUAUGCACUCAGUAGCUGAUUUUUCUUUUAAUGGCCUGGGUUUACUUAGCUUAACCUUCCAUCUGAUCUGCAGGGCUGGAGGCACCUGAGGAUGAUGUUUCCUUACUUCAUGCAUACUAAAUCUUAACUGGGCUCCUUUUGCACUAUAUGCCAUUUAUAUGUGAGAUUAAUCAAGUAAGGCUGGGGCCCCAGCCUAUACGAGAGGCUUCACCAAAAUAGACAUUGCAACAACAAUGCUACCCAUGUCUUCCUGCUUCACAGAGCAGCCCUAACCAUGUCUGUUCAGAAUUAACUCGCGUUGAGUUUAAUGGAGCCCACACCCAGGACGUGGCUGUAGGGUUAAAGCCUACCUUCUCCAAAGUUUAUUGCAUCAGGCAAUCUUUCAGAGGCCUAGUGGGUUUGCUAAACUUCAAAAAUUUACAAGUGGGGAGGGAAAAGCCAGCACUGGCAAAAUGCAAAGAAUGAGUGUUUAAAAUGCCAGUCUGGCAUUUCCAGUGGAAUUCCUUGGUUUUCACAGGGAGGGCAAUGCGCUCUUGAAACCAGAGGGGGCUGCCUGUGCUGGGUGUCGGUUUGAAGCACCCUGCCUGAUGUAGGAGAUGCAACCUCGUUUUUAUGCUGUGCUCUGCAUGGUUUACAAAAUAAUAAAAUACUAAACCCUUUCCUUUACUUUGUGUAUACUGUUUGUUGUAUAUAAGGGAUGUGUGCAUAUAAGGAUUCAAUUUUGUCAUAACCACGCGGAUUCAGUUGCUUUCCACUAUAGGCCGCUAUCUUGCUGUGUAGUUUUACGAUGACAAAAAAGGGGGUUUGGGAAGGAAAGGAGUUCCAUUGACUUUGAUUGUGUAAUUUAACAAUAGAGUUGAUAAAAUAAACAUUAAUUGCAGUC